CUGCACAAAUCACAAUAUCCUGUAUUAUCCAAUAUCCAUAUCAAUUAAUAUCAAACUAAAUAUGAUUAGAUCAAUACAUUUAUUUAGAAAUAAAAAAAUCAAAGGAUCAGUUGAGAAUUUACUUAAAAUGAGUACCAAUAGAAUAUCUAUUGAGAAAGUCCAACAAACCUCUGAUGUUGGUGCCAAGGAUCAACUAGCAAAAAGAGCAAAAAGCACCAUCCUGUUGCCAAUACCAGAUAAGAUAAGAAUAGAAGAAGUUUGUGUCCAAGGGAAAGAGGCAAAUGCCCUAGAUUGGUGUGACAUUACAAAAUUUAAAUGUGAAUCAUCAAUUGAAAGUUCUUAUGAUGACCAUUUGUUGACACAAUCAGACUAUGAAAAAAUAUUAUUGAGAUACGGUAAUUCUAUAAAGGAAUUGUCUCUCUCAGAUAAUUGUGAUUCAAGUAUUAUGCCAUUUAUUGGUGAUCAUUGUAAAAAUUUAACAAGUCUUGAAUGUGAAUUUAACGUUGAUUCAUUAAAUAAUAAUGCUAAUCACUUUGUACAAGCAUUUACACAGUUGAAUAAAUUAAAAUGCAUUAAAAUAAAAGUGACAGAUAAAUACAGUCGAAAAACAAUGAAUCUAUUUGAAAUAAUAAAUAGUCUUCCAGAAGAAAUUAAUGAAAUUCAUAUACUUGCUGAAUAUUGGUUCGGGCCAGUUUUUUGGACUUUUGAAAAAUUUAAAAAUCUUCAAAAACUAAAUUUACCUGGCAUUUGUUUAGACAAGCUAAUUCUUCAAGAAAUAGCAGAAAUAACAACACUUGUUCAUCUUAACAUUGAAUUAUCUUAUAAACACAUAGGGUUUCCUCUAUUUAAUAAACUCGUUAAUUUGGAAUAUAUUAAAACAUGGAUUAGAAGUGAAUUUGAGGAUCAAAUAGAUAUGGAGAGAGUACUCUCUACAAAAGUACUCAACACUAUUUUUGAUAAAUGCAAAAAUCUAAAACAUCUUGAUAUUCCAUGUCAGCAUUAUGAUUUUGCUGAAAUUCCUUUGCGUAAAUGGAAAAACUUUGAAAAUUUAGAAUAUCUAACUUUACGUUGUGAUGAAAUUCCGGUUGGCUUAGCAAAUACAAUUGUUAAAUAUUGCAAGAAUUUAAAACACUUGUGGAUCACACAAGAGUACCAUUUCAUAAGUGCAAAGGUUGUAAAAAAAUUAACAAAGUUGGAAAAUCUUGAAAGUUUAGUGAUAGAUCGUAAACGCUUUGAACUCAGUGAGAAAUCAAUAAUUAUAAUUGCAAACAAUUGUAAAAAACUUAAACGUUUAGAAUUUAGAUAUAAUGGCUAUAUAAUACCAACAGGUGUUGAUGAUGACCUUUCUUCUCCAUCUGUUUUAAAGGAGUUAUCAAAAUUACAAUAUCUUGAACAUCUAAACUUUGAAGGAUUAAACAAUGUUGACGAUAGUACAAUUAUUGCUAUCGCUAAUAAUUGUAAAAACCUAAAAAGUUUAAAUAUCCAAUAUUGCCAUGAUAUUACAGAAACAGCUCUUGAUGCUUUAGAAAAGAAAUUACCCCUUUCGCCAUAA